UAGUAAGGUUGACAAUGAAAAAGUAAGUUGUACAAGAUAGUAAGUAACUUAGUAACAAACAAACAAACCCCCUAAGAUCACCCCUAAAAGCUAGCAUCACCACAUACUAAUGUUCUAUUAGCAUAAUCUCAGACGCUAAACUAGUGGGACAAUUUCAUUUCAAAUUUGCCAAGUCAAUUCAAAAUAAAUCUUAAUUUACAAAAUAAUAAUAGGUGGUCUUUUCUCCCUAAAACUAUACGUGUUUUUUACUUAUUCAUCGUCGUGUCAUUGUAAUAAAAUUGUAAAUGACAAAGAAAAAACAUUACAGUUUUUAGACAUUCUCGGUCAACCACAAAUCCACAAUGCUGUAAUGGAAAAAACAGUUUUACAUAAUCUACUAAAAAUAGCGAUACAAAUGUUUUAUUCUACACUCACAUCUAAUAAUAAGAAUCACUACCUUUCACUGCUAAUCUCUCUCUCUCUCUCUCUCUUUACAGAUUCAAAUCUCAAAGAAAACCAAAAAAAUAAUAAAAGAAGAAGAAGAAGAAGAGUGAUUAACAAAAACACAAAACUCCAUUUGAGUGUGAUGAGGAUUUAUCAACCGACGUUAUUAUCAUUCACCACCGUCGUCUUACUCUACAUCUCCGCCGCCGUGGCUCGUGGUGGUUCCCGGCAACUUUUGUACACCCGAGACGACCCUAUAACCAUACCUCCGUACCUAAUCUUCGAAAACGUACGGCUCGAAAGAGCUUACGUGGCGUUACAAGCGUGGAAACGUACCAUGAUCUCUGACCCGUGGAAUCUAACGGCUAACUGGUUCGGAUCACGUGUGUGCGACUACAACGGUGUAGUAUGCUCAUCAUCUCUCGACGACCCUUUGGUUAAAACUGUCUCCGGCGUUGAUCUAAACCAUGGAGAUAUCGCUGGUCACCUCCCUGAAGAGCUUGGCCUCUUAACCGAUAUUGCUCUGUUUCACGUUAACUCGAACCGGUUUUGUGGUACUCUCCCGGUCGGGUUUUCGCAGUUGAGUCUCCUUUUCGAACUCGAUUUAAGUAAUAACCGGUUCGCUGGUAAAUUCCCGGAAGUGGUAAUCGGUUUACCGAAAUUAAAGUAUCUUGAUCUCCGGUACAACGAGUUUGAAGGUCAAUUACCAGAAUCUCUGUUUGAUAAAGAACUAGACGCUCUGUUCCUGAAUAGUAACCGGUUCGUUAAUAAAAUCCCGGUUAACAUGGGGAAUUCUCCGGUAUCGGUUCUAGUUCUAGCAUCAAACCGGUUUGAAGGAUGUAUACCGACGAGUUUCGGUAAAAUGGGUAAGACUCUAAACGAGAUCAUCCUAAUGGAUAACGGUUUACAAUCUUGUCUACCUAAUGACAUGGGUUUACUUCAAAACGUCACCGUUUUGGACGUUAGUUAUAACUGGUUGGUCGGAGAGUUACCAAAGUCGAUGGGUCAGAUGGAGAAUCUUGAGGUGUUGAACGUUGAACGUAACAUGCUCUCCGGUUUAAUACCGGAGGAGUUAUGUUCGCUUGAGAAGCUAAGAGAGUUUAGAUACGGGUCUAACUAUUUCACCGGAGAACCAGCCACGUGUCGUUAUCUAGAGAAUUAUAAUUAUACUAUGAAUUGUCUCAAAGACGAGAGAGACCAAAGAUCGAUGAUGGAGUGUAAGAUGUUUUUGUCGAAACCUGUAGAUUGUGACUCUUUUAAGUGUAGUCCUGUCUCUUCGUGUUUUUCUCCUCCUCCUCCGUCUCAAAUAUCACCGUCUUCGCAACCAUUGGCACCGGCGCCAUCUCCUACUCAACCACCAUUGUCACCACCGCCUCCGGCUAGACCAUGUCCGCCGCCGAUAUACUCACCGCCUCCACCACCAUUGUCACCGGCGCCGUCUAUGAACUGAUCUAUCUAUGUGUAGAAAACUAGAAAGCGCAAGUGUUGAUGAGAAUGAGAUUAUUUAGUGUCGAAAGUAAAUGCCAGAUGAGAUAUAUCUAGUGGGAACCAAAAGUUACAAGUGGAGACAACAAAGCUGAAAUUUUUUAGGACACCAAAGUGUAGAGAAUUUGUCUCUUUUUUUAGAUUGCAUGUGUGUGUGUUUGUUUAACUUUAACUUUUAUAUAAUUUUUUGGUCUCUGUUUUUUCAUAUUCAUUAAUAAGAACAAAUGUAGCAA